AUGACUGAACUCCCCGCUUGGGCCAUUUUGCACUUACCUCUUAACGAAUAUGCAGAAUUUAUUCUCCCGGCUCCGAAAGAGGGUGAUGAAGAACUGAUUCCGCAAGACAACAUGUAUGAUGCAGAUGAUGAAGGUUUCGAUGAGGAUCAACUCCAUCGCAGAAUUCGUGAGAUCAAAGAAGAAAAAGAUACCCAUCUUGUAAAUUCCGUUCAGUCAUGGAAUUACCCAGCAGCAAGUACACAUCUUCACCGACGAAUCCAACAAAUCAGGGAAGAAGAAGGGCGACUAAAAGAAGAAGAACGAAUCCAUCUUGUAAAUUCCGUUGACACAGAAGAAAGUACAUAUCUUCAUCGACGAAUCCAACAACUCAAGGAAGAGAAAAGACAACAAGAAGAAGAAGAAGAAUCAGAGAGAAUACGACAGGAACUAUAUAGUCAAGCAGUAGAUAGCGAGCCACCAAACUCUCUAAGCGAAUGCUCCGAUUAUCCAGCAGUAUCUCAUUUCCAACUUUACGAACCUUUUCCAAGAAUUGAGCAUUAUGAAGUUUUCCAUCCAGACACUAGAGCGGAACCUUCCUCCCAGAUUCGUGAAACUACUUUCACCUUCACCAACGAUAAAGAAUUUGAAAGAAUAGCUGAAGAAAAUACACCAAUGCUCAAUGAAGCGCCUCGUCGAAAGGCUCGAAUUGGACGCUCCCCGCUCAGACUUGACCGACCUGCUCCAAUCAUCGACUUUUCUAAAGGUUUCCCGCAAAAUGCAGAAAACGAGGUUCCUCUCCCUAUGGAUAUUCAGGAGGAAAACAACUUUGCAGGUUUUGAAACGAUGAACUUUGAGGAAUUGGUUUUCGACUACGAAGUUGCACCCAUUUUACACCCAACUCGCCCAGCCGAGGUUUACCGCUGCGACGUUGAACAACCGAAAUUUUUCAUUUUGGUACCUCAUUGGUUCCAUGACACUGAGGAAAAUAGAUGUUGGUGCAACGCUUGCAUCCAAUAUAGAGAAACUCGAUCCACAGGUAAGCAGUUAGAGGCGCAUGACUUUAAUAAUAGGUGUCUUUGCUCCUCCUGUAUGAAAAUUUGGCACGAAAACUUUGGUGAUGGCGGAGAUUGUAAUUGUCAAGAUUGUGUCGCAGCUAAUAAAGCAGAAGCCCUCAAAGGAAAAGAGGAGGAAAAAGAAAAAGAAGACGAGGAAAGAGAAGCACUUGCUGACCUCGAGGAUGAAAAUCUGCUUGCUGAACUCGAGGGGGCGGUUGCCAGGCUCUGGGGUCGCCUCCGAUCGCCUGGGCAGGAACCAAUGGAUCCAGAACAACAAAUUCUCGAAUCCUCACAGAAGCUACCGUCAGACCCUCUCUGUGAAGAUCCAACAACAGUUGUGCCUGAGUCAAAGGAAGGCCCCUCUGACUUAUUCAAGUCAAUUCGCGAGAAUCUGUGGUUGGAUUCUGAUUCUCGUUCUGGUUCUGAUUCUCGUUCUGGUUCUGAUUCUGAAACUAGUUUUGAUUUUGAUGCGGAGUAG